UUAGGAUGUGCUGCCUAUUUAAACCCUCGCACCCCACCGUCUUCUUCCCCCCCUUCCCCCUCUUUUCCUCCUCCUUCUUCUUCUGAGCACUUAUCUGUUCUUUGCAACAAUUUCAGCAUUGUUCAUCGAUGUUAAGUCCGGUUCAUUGAUCCCAAUGGAGUUCUCCGGUAGAUCGAAGUAUGACUGCCUCCUCUUUGACUUAGAUGACACCCUUUACCCUCUCAGUGCCGGGAUUGCCAAGGAGUGCCUCAAGAACAUUCAGGAUUAUUUGAUCGAAAAACUGGGAAUCGAGAGGAGUAAACUAGAUGAUUUGUGCUACCUGCUGUACAAGAAUUACGGGACAACAAUGGCCGGUCUACGGGCAAUCGGCUACGACUUCGACUACGACGAGUACCACAGUUUCGUUCACGGAAGACUGCCAUAUGAGAACUUGAAACCAGAUCCUGUGCUGAGAAGCCUUCUGCUUAGCCUACCGCAUCGGAAGAUUAUAUUCACAAACGCGGACAAGGUUCACGCUGCAAAAGUACUGAGCAGGCUCGGGUUGGAAGAUUGCUUUGAGGGGAUCACCUGCUUCGAGACACUGAACCCCAGCCACAAGCACGCCGUCUCCGAUGAUGAUGAUGAUGAUCUCAAAUUCACGGGGUCAUCAGCAAGAACCACCCCUGUGACGACCGCUGACAGGAGCAGCAGCCCUGGGAUUUUCGACAUAGUCAGCCAUUUCUCCGGCCCCAGGCCGGCCAGUUUGGGACUGCCAAGGACUCCAGUUGUCUGCAAGCCGUCGGAGGCUGCCAUUGAGAGGGCCCUGGAGGCUGCCAACAUCAACCCUCAGAGAACGAUUUUCUUUGACGAUAGUGUCCGCAACAUACAGUCCGGGAAAAGAGUCGGUCUUCACACCGUUCUGGUGGGCACAUCCCACAGGGUGAAAGGGGCCGAUCACGCGCUUGAGAGCAUCCACAACCUUAAGGAGGCAUUGCCGGAGCUCUGGGAGGCUGGAGUAAAGGCACCGAAAGCCGGUUACGCUGGCAAAGCUGUCAUCGAGACCUUUGUCUCGGCUUAAGCAGCUUCCUGCAACUUUUUCUAUGUACGGGCUAUUGUAUAAUCUCGCCAUAAGCAAUAAUAUAAAUGUGUAUAUAUAUAUAUAUAUAUCAUUUACAUACAGAUUAGUAAAUUGCCGUCCUAAGUUUCCAAGAAUAUGAAAUCAAAACGUCAGCCAGGUAAGCAGCUCAGGCCCAUCCCUGGGCCAUUUCCAUUUCGAGUUCGUCUGGUCCAGCUUCACUGUGGCCAAGCCCGGUCUAGUUCAGGCAAUAGUCAGGUCUAACCCCUUAACGUGGCAUUACAUCAUUCUCAACUUAUAUAUUGUCACUAGGGUGAUGGCCCGUGCUACGCACAGUCAUUAAUAAUGUUAUUAUGAAAUUUUUUUAUUGCGA